AUACCUUCGUGUGUGCUUUGUAAAGAUUGUAGUGCUAUUCAGAGUUCACCGGCUUUUCUUCUCAGUCUUCCUGUCCUUGGCCUUUCUUUGCUCACAUUGACAACAACCAUGAAUCCAGAGCAACGAUUCAUGACGUCGGCAUCAUUCGCUAUUCUUGCUUUGUCUCGAUAUCUGUUGGCGCAGACUUCUUGGACGAUGCUAAUAAUGGGGUACAUCUUGGUGUCGGUGGCUAACCUCACGUAUUAUUAUUCAUUCAAGUCACAGAUUCGCCUCUGGUCUACAGAGAUAUCCGUUGCGGCAGGGAUAUUUCUGUUUAUCAUGUUUUGGACUUGCUUUGCUGAUUUACUAAUGUCAAUACCCUCUUUGGUACUGCUACUGACUGCCGUUCUGGGAACGGCAUGUGUGACCGUUGUUGCUGCUGGCUCAGUUUGUCAGCACGGCCUCGUCAGUGACGACGACUCAUAUCAGGACGGAUGGAGACUUGGUCUGGAUUCGAUGUUUGAACAGGAAAGUUCUGUAUAUCGGAACACUGUGCUAUCAAGUUCUGUUCACGAAGCAGUCGGCAUCAUGAAUGACGGCAUCAUUAAUGACGUAGGAUCGGCUCGAUUACAUGGCAGUGCUACGGGCGGUACAACUUUCCUUGUGUAUGUGGAGACUGAUGGUUUCAGACAGCAUACAUCGUCGAUGAUGUUCGGUUUGCCAUUAAUAACGCUUUCAUUCUUGUCAUUAACGUCUUCAAUGCAACCACGGGCCCGAUUCGCUACAGCGGCCUCAUUCGCCAUUUUAGCGAUGUCUCGAUACUUACUCGUUCAGAAAAUCCUCAUGGGAAGCCAUGGUUAUUGGCUAUACACUGGUUACGUUAGGCAACUGCAUGUAUCUUUACUCGUUCUAGUGAGUUCUUGGUAUAAAUGGCUGAGCAAGCUGUUAGGAAAGCUGGACCUGGACCUGCCGGAAGGCUCUACGUUAAGGCAGUUUUCACCGGAUUCAAACGUGGACUUCGCACCCAGUCCGAGCAUACUGCCCUGCUCAAGCUCGAUGGAGUGUUCAAUAAGGAUGACGCCAAAUUUUAUAUAG